GUGUAAUUGUGGUGAUUGGUAGAGGAAAUGGUACGCAAGUCUCGUCGUAGGAAACAACCCAAAAAUAGUCCUCACGUAGAUAUGACUGAAGAAGACAGUGUUGAUGGUUUAAAAGGGGAAGAAGAUGGAAGUGAAAAUAGGCAACUCACUGUGUUGGAUUCUAGUUUUAGAAACAACUUGGAAGAGGCAGCGGACUCGGAGAACCUGUUGGAAAACAGACGCGAGGAACUUUCAAAUGAACAAAGUGACCCUACAAGUAAUAUUUAUGAAGCUCUUGGGGAACAAGUUGAGAAUAAGAGAGAAGAAUGGCAGCCAGAAAAUUACGCUACCAAUUCUCUGCCUUUUCAGAACCCCUUGCAAAAGAAGCUUUUUGACAUUCGUCUACGUAUGAACGAGGGUAGAAAGUUGAACUCUCAGGCAGUUGAAGAAGAGUUGAGAACGAACCAUUUCCGUAGCAAAGGCGGACAAGUUUUACGCAAGUCACAACAGCAAAAUAGCAGUCGAACGGAGAGUACCGUGGCCAUAGGUUUAAAGGAUAAGUUCUGGCGUGAGACAGCCGAACAAGCUGAACAACAACUAGCGAAAGAAUUGAUUAAGAAGCGUCGAAGCGGGGAAAAGCUCAUUGGAGAAACGAUAUACGGUGAAGACAAUUUGUAUCGUGCAUACGAAAAACGUUUGACAAGAAUACCAGCAAGUGAAAUAGACCGUAGUAAAGCACAGGAAGAAAUGGACCAGCUUGAAUAUGGUCAGAGUAUUCCAAUUGAUCCCGACAGGAUUGAAAAAAUGGUGGAAGAACUUGAGGAGACGGAAGAGCGUCGUAGGAAAUUCAGCAAGUGGCACAAGUUUGAUGAAGAAAGUGCAGAUAUUAGCUUCAUCAAUGAACGCAAUCGCCGUUUCAAUGAGAAGAUUGCAAGGUCUUUUGAUGAAUAUACACAGGAGAUACGGCAGAAUCUGGAACGAGGAACUGCUUUACCUUAAAUAUUUUUCAUUUGUUUUUUGUACAUUUCAAAAAUGUAUUGACUGUCGGUUGAUUCUUCGAUAGCUUUGUCUUCACGAAAACGGACAAAACGUGGAAAACGGAGAGAUAUUCCUCUUUGAGAAUGAGCUAGUCCUAUAGCUGCGCGAUGAAUGGGUG